CAACAUUUCAUCUUUAGAACUUAGAACCAGUCCAUGCUUUAUUGCUUCACCUUAGAUAUCACACUUUUGCUCCUUCCACUUCAUAUCUUCAAAUUUUCUUUUUAAUAUGUUUACAACUUCUAACUUUGCUUCCUUGGGCUAUUAAGCUCCAUCAUCCAAGCCAAGGUUUGUUUCUUGCAGAAAAGACGGUUUUCUUGCAGCAAGAAUGGCCAAGAACAGGAAACUCACUCGGUUCAAGGAUCUUUCUAUAGCUUUUCGCUUUGUGGCAGUUUUUUUCUUGCUUCAGAAAUUGGGGUUGUGUUGUUCUUUAAAUGAAGAAGGUAAUGCUCUUUUGAAGUUGAGGCAGCGAAUAGUGAGUGACCCUUUUGGUGCUUUGUCAAAUUGGAUAGAUGAUGAAGUAUCUGUUGACCCUUGUAAUUGGUUUGGAGUUGAGUGCUCAGAUGGAAGAGUUGUUGUGGCCUUGAAUUUGAAGGAUCUCUGCCUUGGAGGAACUCUGGGGCCUGAGCUUGUGAAACUUGUCAACAUAAAAUCUAUUAUUUUGCGGAAUAACUCUUUUUCUGGGAUCAUCCCUGAAGGAUUUGUAGAAUUGGAAGAAUUGGAGGUUUUGGAUUUGGGAUACAACUACUUCAGUGGACAUCUACCAGCUGAUCUUAGGAGUGAUAUCUCACUAGCAAUUCUUUUGCUGGAUAACAAUGAUUUUCUUGUUGGUUUCUCUCCCGAAAUAAAUGAACUGAGGAUGCUUUCUGAAUGUCAAGUAGAUGAAAAUAAGUUAACUAAUGCUGCUAAAAUGCCAGCUUGUACAAAAAGAGUCACCACAUGGAAUAUCGAUCAAGGUAAAAGUACUCGUGGCCUACUACAACAAAAGGCUAAACCCCGUACUAAUCAAGGCCAUUUUUAUCGUGUGGCUGAUCCACCUGUCAAGAGCUCUCCUCCUCCUCCCUCUGCUUCCCCAUCAGCCUCAGCAAAACCACCAGGGCCAAAGUUAGCUCCUCAUAGGAAAAAUGGUUCUGAUUCUCCUCCUCCCCACUCUACACCAGGUUCUGGAACAUUAUCUAAAACUGAAAGCAACUCACCAAAGGUUCAUACAUUUCCUAUUUUGCCCGGAGUCAUAGGUGGUGCUGUGUUUCUUAUUUUUUCAAGCAUUGGCAUAUAUCUUUGUAAAACAAAGGUAGCUAAUGUCAGACCUUGGGCCACGGGACUAAGUGGACAGCUUCAGAAGGCAUUUGUAACUGGUGCGCAAAAGCUAAGGAGAUCAGAUCUUGAAGCAGCAUGUGAAGAUUUUAGUAAUGUAAUUGGUACUUCACCCAUCGGUACACUGUACAAAGGAACUUUGUCUAGUGGCGUUGAAAUAGCUGUAGCUUUUGUUCCGGUAACAUCAUCCAGGAAUUGGUCAAAGACUUUAGAAGCUCAAUUUAGAAGCAAGAUAGAUACAUUGUCGAAAGUGAACCACAAGAAUUUUGUCAAUCUUAUUGGAUACUGUGAAGAAGAGGAUCCUUUCACCAGAGUGUUGGUUUUUGAAUAUGCCCCAAACGGAACACUAUUUGAGCAUUUACACAUAAAAGAGGCUGAGCACUUGGAUUGGGGAACAAGACUUAGAGUUGCAACGGGUAUGGCUUAUUGCCUGCAACAUAUGCACCAGUUGGACCCUCCUAUGACCCUUAUCAAGCUGAAUUCUUCAGCCGUUUACCUCACCAAUGACUACGCUGCCAAGCUUUCAGAUUUAAGUUUCUCCAAUGACAUAACCUCAGCUGAGGCAAGAGCCAUUGACAUGCCAAUAGCAACUCCAGAAAGUAAUGUUUAUAGCUUUGGUGUUCUACUAUUUGAAAUGGUCACGGGUCGUCUUCCUUAUUCAGUGGAACAUAGGGACUCACUUGAAAACUGGGCAUCACACUAUUUAGAAGGGGACCAGCCCCUCAUAGAAAUGGUGGAUCCAAUUCUAGUGUCUUACCAAGAGGAUCAGCUGGAACAAGUUGCUGCAUUGAUUACAUCUUGUGUCCACCCUGAUCCACAGCAGAGACCAACAAUGAAAGAUGUGAGUGAGAGACUCAGAGAGAUAACAAAAAUAACACCUGAAUCAGCAGUUCCAAAACUUUCUCCUCUUUGGUGGGCAGAACUUGAGAUUGCUUCUGCAGAAGCACGCUGAAACAAGUGAAGCAGAUUAUGAUUAUUGAGUCUGAGAGCUUUUAGCUUUUUGAUCCUUUUUUCCCUUAGGUGAAGUCAUAAAAAAGUUUUUACUUAAAGUAUCUGUUGUUGUAGAACAUGGUCACAAAUGACGAGUGAGAGACCAAGAAAGUGUGCUGAAGUUCUUUUGGGUGCUUUUUUUUAAUUGUAGCUUACGGAAAUGCACCUCGAAAAAUAGCGUUUGUAUAUUACUUAAUUUCAAGUCAGUAUAUGUGGUUAAUCAUGAUAUUUCGUACUCGUCUCUCAUUCCA